AUGGAUCAGGAAGAAGGGCUGACGGCCGUGGACAAUAUAGUCACUCAGUUCACCACCUAUGAAGAUUUCCUCGACUCGCAGAUCACCACCGUGGACUUGUACUACCUGGAGGAUGAAGGCCUCGCCCGCCAGCUGGUGGAGCUAGGCUACCGAGGGACUGGGGAGGUGGUGAAAAGAGAAGACUUUGAAGCAAGAAAAGCAGCUAUAGAGAUUGCAAGGCUGGCUGAAAGAACUCAGAAAAAGACACUAACAAGUGCUGGUAAAAACUUGCAAGAUAAUUUUCUGAAGGCCCUGGCAGUGAGAGAAGAAGACAAUCGCAAUGGAAAAGUGAGCCUGAAUCAACCUGAGUUUGAUGCUGCUUAUAUCUUGAGCAGGCAACUAGCUUCUGUGAUCUUCAUUCGUGACAGAAAUUCUCAUGGGCAGGAGGUGUCAGGAUACAUUGACUAUGCCCACAGGCUAAAGAUUGAAGAUUUUGAAGUCUACUUUAGUGGGAAAAAAAGACUUCUUCCAAAGCCCACAGAUCUGAGCUUUUACAACUGGGACAGUCAUAUUGCUGUUUGGAAUUCAAGUCCCAAUUAUCAAGUGAUUGCUGAUAAUCCAGAAGGCUUACUCUUCAAAUACAAAAGAGACAGAAAAAUUCUCAAUGUGGACCCCAAGACUCCACCAGGUGACAACUCUACUAGAAUGUCUAUCCAAACAGACCUCUACAUGCAAGUUGUCAUUUUUGACCACAUUUCCAGAAGAAAGGUCUAACUGUCAACAUGUCAGAUGGUUCCCUGAUUGUUUGGUAAAUUUAAAUGCAUCCAGUCUCCAGUCACCCGAAACAAAUUAGAAUAAUAAAUGAGUCCCGUAGCUGGAAGGCUAAUUAAAAUAAUAAAAGUUAACAAAGAAAUUAGAAAGAAAACCGUUAUCUUGACUGUCUUUUUAUCAUACAGAUAGCUUCUUAAUCUCAGUUGAGGUUUUUAUUUUUUAUUUUUUCCAGAACACUGAGGCAGAUGGCAAUAGUUCAUGGGAGAAAAAUCUUGUUGCUACUUCAAAGAUACAGUAAUCAGUAUCAUAUUUCAUAGCUCAGGUUUUCCAAAACAAUAAUGUUCCAGGUUCUACUAUUGUCAAAUCUAGGGACCAAACCUGAUGUCAUGUGGCAGCGCUAUCUCCUAAAAUAGAUACCAAACCAGUUGCCGUUGAGUCAAUUAAACUCACGGUGACUCCAUG